CCCCCUCUCUCUCUCUCUUCACCACUUCAAAGCUCUACUUGAAAGUGGGCUCGAGACAAGAGUUGUUGUUCUUUCCGCCUGGUGGUGCCACGCGCCGAGCAUCAUCGUCAUCCUCACCAUGCCUCGAGGAUUCCUGGUGAAGAGGAACCGGAGAUGUUCGGUGUCAUAUCGCUCACGAAACAAGAGUAACAACAAACCUGAAACAUCUGAACUGACCAAACCGGAGGCAGUGAAGGAGAUCGGUCUGUUGAAUGUUUCCCCGUUUGAACGGACAGACGGACAGCUCCCGGUGUCCCGCGAGGACUCUGCCGGUGUGAGAGAGGUGUGGAGCCCGCACGUGGAGUCCGCGCUGGAGGCGGAGGCGGACCGGCGCGCGCAGUUACCGGAGACCGAGGAGCAGGUGAGCGAGGUGGAUGUUUUAACUCCCGAUGGUGAUUUCUCCCACUUCUUCCCACCUCCACCUCCACGGGACUUGACGUUAACAGAGUCUGGCAGCCCCGUUAAACCGGUCGGCACGAGACUGCUGGAGCAGCACGAGGGAGGAGAGAAGCAGACGUUGUUCCCGGGCAGGUGUCUGACAUCAUCCCCAGUAUCGGAGAUACCGGCGGAGUUACCGGAGCUGCCGUUCCUGGUGACCUCCACCACGCCGACCUCCGUCUCCGCUUCCAUAGAGAGGCUCCUCGCGAGCAGCAGCCGCCACGCGCCAUCCUACGGUAACAAUGACAAAUAUGACCCGAAUAUGAGUCACGUGCACUUGUUCCCGCCGCUGACCCUGAUGAACCCGGAGCAGCAUCACGCAGCGAGAAAACGCUCGUUCCUUGAACCGGACCCCCGCUUGAACAGCAGCAGACACAACAAACAGUCCGCGGGGACCCCCCCCAAGAAACCCAAAGUCAACCGGAAACUAAACUUCGAGGAUGAGGUCACGACCUCGCCGGUGUUGGGUCUGCGGAUCAAGAAGGAAAGUCCCGAGCUGAGGAGGCAGCGGGAGAAGUCUGCCUCCACCGGGAAUCAGCCGCUGGGAGAGUUCAUUUGUCAGCUGUGUAAAGAGGAGUACCCCGACCCUUUCUCCCUCGCGCAGCACAAGUGCUCCCGCAUAGUGCGCGUGGAGUACCGGUGUCCCGAGUGCGACAAAGUCUUCAGCUGUCCCGCCAACUUGGCCUCCCACCGCCGUUGGCACAAACCUCGUCCGGUAAACAACCAAGGAGGAGAGACCCCGACCACCAAGAGCCAGCCGUUAAAAGAGGCGCGAGGGCUCAUGCAGCACGAGAGGCAGCCGUUAGAGAUGGAGGGCAAAGAGAACGAGCUGCUGCGCAUUAACACCAACCAGCACCACGCGGCGCUGGACAGUGCCCGCAUCAGGCGCGAGCCGUCCUUGCUGCUCCUCCACAGUCGGUCUCGUGACAGCCCCGACAGCGACAGCCUCGCGCCUCCUCACUAUGACUCCUCGCUCCAUUACCGGAACCCGGUCGACAGCUGCCUCGACCUGCAGCCGCAGGUGAGAGCGGCAGACAGCCCACCCUCGAGCCUCCUUCUACUAAACGGCAACCCAGACGAGCGCGCGGACCUUUCCCAGCAGCAGCAGCCGCCGUCGUCACUCCCACGUGCUCCGUUACCGUUUGUCCAGUCGUUACCGGAGGAGGAAGUGUACGAGUGCCGGUACUGCGGGAAGAAAUUCCGCCGACAGGCCUACCUGAAGAAACACCUGGCUGCGCACGAGAUGACAGCGCGAGCGUCUCCGCCCCCAUCACCUUAUAGCCAGGCGCGCGAGACCAGUGGCGGACAGAGCCAGGUGUUCCUGUGUCACCUGUGCGGCGCGCGCUUCCCGUCGGUUGAAAUCAGGGACAAGCACCGCCUGUGGCACGCGAUGAGGGACGAGUUACUGGCGGGAGCUCUGGGAGGAGGAGGACUCAGACCGGAAGUGUUUCACACGCAAGGAGACGAGAGCGGCACGAGGGAGUGCGAGCAGCAACAGAUCUUCACGUGCAAGCACUGUCCGUCCACAUUCUUCAGCUCCCCGGGGCUCGCGAGACACAUUAACAAGUCUCAUCCAACCGAGAACCGGCAGGUGAUGCUGCUGCAGAUGACCGUGCGACCGUAAAACGCGCGCGAGACAGAAAUACAGUCAAAUAAAGCAACAGCUGGUUCCCACAGCGGGGACUCUGUUAACUCAUUAUUCAGACUCGGACUGAGAUCACUGUGUUGUUACAGGACGGGGGUAACGGUGGAGUCAGUGUGGCUUUUGUUUGUAGGUCAGUAAGACUUCUAGGUUGGUCCACUAAGGUCCACUAAGGUCCACUAUAUCGGUGCAAACGUCGGCCCACUUUGCUGUGGAGCUGAAACCGGAUAAUUAGAUACAAGGCCGCCAGUGCAACGGGAGCUGUCCAUGGUGCUGAACCCAUGUCCGCAAACACAAGUCUAUUCCCCUCAGCCUUUAUCACACCAACGUGAGUCAAACCAUCUCGCUCUUUUGAGUUGUAAAAAUAUAUGAACUAACAUUUUAAACUGUAGGCAAAUUAGAGAGAUUAUUUAAAGGGGAAUUUCUUAUCUCUCAAUAUUUCAUUUGUUGUUACAAUGGAAACAGGCAGUAACACAACCUGAAGUCAGACACUGUUUCUGUAUUUAUGUUCUCAUGCAGACAAUACAGGAGGAUGUCGUCUCUCUUCAGCUUCUCAUAUUAAACUGUAUAUGAUUUGACAUUAAGACACAGCAACUCAUCUUUUUUAGUCAGUGAACAGUUGAGAGUUGGACAGACUGAAGUUGGACAAUGAGGGAAUUUUAAAAGGAUAAAUGAGAGUAAGGAUUCAUUUUAUCUAUACUGAAGCAAUGAACGACACAGUUGUCUCUACAUGUGGCAUAUAUUUAAAGUCAUGGUCAACAUAUUUCUGUGGCAAGGUGAUCAGAUUAUACUGGCGCUCAGGAGGAGUUAAGUGUGUGACAUUACGUACUGGUAUAAUAUGUAGUGACCUGUAAUUGCAUUUAGAAAGUGACCUUCCUUCCCCCAUGAACUGAAGACAGAAUCAAUGUCCUGACUCUAUUUCAAAGACUAUUUCAUGUACAGUGAACAAUAAAAAAAAAUAAAACAAGAGAAAAUAAUCAGAUAGACCAUAAUAUGCCUUUUAUAGUAAAUGUGCCAGUUAACUUCUCAGCUAUAAAAUAUUUUCAUACAGAAACGGAACAUUUAAUGUUAGUACUGCUAGUAAAAAUAUGUCUUUUGUCUUUACUGAUUAUAAAUUACUGUUGAAAGAUUUGUUAAAUGCCUUCAUGAUGCUAAAAUGUAAUUGUGGUUCUAUGAAGCCUAUACAGUACUAUUUUGAUAUGUUUGAAGUUGAAUGUGAAAUUUAUUCUAUUGUCAAUAAAUGUUAAUACAGCAUAAUUAA